AUGACUUCUACUUCCUCCGUGACACGCGCAGUGUCUGUUUCUGGUCGACUAUCAUCAGGUCCCGAUCCCCAAAUCGAGAUACUCUACAGUGUUGACGGAGCCCGCAUCGUAUCCUUUUCAACUCUAUUAUCUGGUUCAUCGAGACCGAGCUCGAGUAAUGGAUCUGCGGAGGAGGAUACGGAGAUAGGUUCUUCCUUGAGAUGGUCGUCACCGGUGGAAAGGACAAUCGCCGUUGGCACUUUGUGCAUCUAUAGGGCCCCCGAAUCGGUCGCAUUCUUCAAUUGUCAGAAAGCUUUGAAGCCAAUAUUACCUCGAAGUCAAUGUUGGUUUAUUUCGGACGAGGGAUCUAGCAAAUUUGUAUUGCAGGUACGGAAGUUGCAGGAGUAUUGGCGAAUCGAGAUAGCAAAUACAACCUCCGAAGAAGUCGAACAAGCAGAAGAGUUCAAGAGGAUAUUGGCGCAAGUGUUAUUAUAUGAGAAGACUCCUUGCCCGUUUCAAAGAACCUUUUCGGUUGAUCUUCCGAUUGCUCCGCAAAUACCUCAAAAGCCGUGGAGGCCAGUACAAAGAUCAUCAUCUAAGAUACCUUUACCUAGGGGUGAUCUUUAUCCAAUUGCUUCAAAGUCGACCUCGUUGAUCUCGUUAACCUCCAGCUCGCCAAAGCUCUCAUGCACAGAAAUCCGCUCUUCUUCUCUACCUCAAACUCCUGAAUCGCAUCAAUCCGCGUCUAGCCCCACGGCGACAUGCAUAUCAGACUUGCAAUUCCAAGAAACGCCAGAAACAUCUUCAGCCAAAUCAACGAGUCUGACCUUACAAUCUCCGAUUUAUCCACCUCGAGCUCAUUGGGCCGAACCUCAUCCAACUGAACAUGCUUCAUCCCCAUCAGAACUUAAAAAUCCUGUCGUGUCCCAUAUAAAAUUUGAUGAAGGUGAUAACAGCGAUGCGACGGACGAUGAUGCGCAAAAGCGUCCCAUUCAACCAUCAUAUCCGCAAUUGCCUCCUGAAUCGAAAAAUCGGCCACAAGCCUUACAUUACUGCACUCGAUCGAUCACUGCACCUCCUGUGCUCUAUCUUAUAGCCAGUCCACCUUCAAAGCGACGAAAUAUAUCUCCUGUAAGGAAAACUGCGGUUGGCGACCCCGAUUCAGAGCUUUCAUCAAGCGUUGAGUCGUUUCACUCCACACAAUCAUGGCAAUCUCCACUUGAUGCGCCGCUAUCACCACCUCUGUCAGGUCCACCAUCACCUGCCACAUUUCCCUAUCCCCACGAUAAUAUUGUACUGCCAAAGCAAGUACACUCUACGCAAGCACUCUCACAGCUCACUAUAACCCCCGAGAUACACGCAGCAUGGCACACACCAUCACCUAAUAGUGUAUCUCCUCGAUGUUUAUCACCCACUCCCAAAACACCUACUUUAAUCAACGAUGGUGAAAGGUCCGAAGAUGAUACCUCCGAGAUCAUCACUCCUUCACCCCCAAGACUGAGACAUCGCGGUACUACAAGUAGCAAUUCAGGAAGAAGAUCAUUAUCACCUCUUCCUGCAGCAAUGAAUCUGUUUUCCCCACCACGGUCACGACGACUACAAACCGCCCGACAUCUCCCAACAGCAAUCAUUCAAAAGACAUGUGAAAUUCUUCUCAGUCCUCCAAGCCACCUACUCCACAUGAUGAUCAAUAUCGCAUCCAAAAUCGCCGCAGGAGAAUGGAGGGGCGUGCUACUUGGUGAAGGGGAGGCCGUCCACUGGGAUUUUACUGAAGAAGAAUAUCGCGGUGGAAGCUGGACUGAGGACGAUUUUGGAUUUAGCCUCACACCCACACCUUCACGACGAAGGAUAAGCUCCUCACAAUCUAGAGAUAACACGACACCAGGCGAGAGCUGGGAGGUUGACUAG